AGAUUCGAGUCAGUCAGUCGUACAACGAAGCACGGAGCGCAUCGUCUCUCACGUCGAAUCCGUUUUCAAACAAGUUACUUACCCACUUAUGGGUGUUCUGUGUGAUUUUUGUGUACUGAAUGCUGUGUAACCUAUUUUGGAUUAACUAUCCCACUAGAAAAACCGGUUUCCUCAAAAUGAGGCUGUCAACCAUACUUUGGCUGGUUCUUCUGGCCCAAACAAAAAGCGAAGACACUGAAACAAUAGAGAUUUCAAACGACCUGCCUCCAGAAGCCAUGAAGCAGGUUGAAGCCAGUCUGAUGACGAUGUUCGGCUUCAAGGGGCGGCCGAACCUAGACCGCAGCAAAAUCUUCAUCCCCCAGGAGAUGCUGGACCUGUACGAGCAACAAAUGGGGCACCCCCUGGACACGACGAAUAUUCCCAAAAAGGGGAUGCACACGCAAAACGCCAACACGGUGCGAAGUUUUGCGCAUGCCGAAUCUUCAAUCGACAAGCGUUUCGCAGGGCAUCACAAAUUCCGUCUAAAAUUCAACGUGGAGAAUGUUCCAAAAGAAGAAAAGCUGAAAGCCGCCGAAGUGAUCCUCAAGCGAAUUAGUUUGAAACAUCUUCCAAAGGAAGAAAGGUAUCAACGUGUGUUGGUCAGUGACAUAGUGCAACCGGGGAUCAAGGGAAAACAAGACCCUAUUAUUAGGGUUAUAGACAGUAAAGUGGUUGAUACCCACAAAAACGAACCUAUUAGUGUCGAUGUGCUGCCAGCGGUGGAGCGGUGGUUUGAAGAACCAAAAAACAAUCACGGCGUGUUGAUCACAAUCACAGGAAAAAAUACGAAGAAGUCAAACCGACACGUCAGGUUGAAGAGGCACGCAACCGAUGACGAAGACGACUGGAGAGCCACGCAACCGAUUCUGUACACAUACACAGACGACGGUAAAAACAAACCAGCGACGAAAAAAGACAUGACGAACCUACGCCGGAAAAGAGCAACGAAAAAGGGAAAACCAUCCCCAUGCAAGAGGCACAAGAUGUACGUCAACUUCACCUCCGUCGGGUGGAACGACUGGAUUGUAGCGCCACCCGGCUACGACGCGUACUUCUGCCAGGGACAGUGCGAGUUUCCUCUUCCAGACCACCUCAACGCGACCAAUCACGCCAUAGUCCAAACCCUCUUCAACUCGAUGAGGCCGACGCAGGUCCCGAAAGCGUGCUGCGUGCCCACGCAGCUCAACGCCAUCUCCAUGCUCUAUCUGGACGACGACUCCAAGGUGGUCCUCAAAAACUACAAGGAGAUGGUCGUGAUUGGUUGCGGCUGCCGGUAGUUCGCCUUCCAACGCUCUUUUUUUCAGUGUAAUUCGCGCACUUUGCGAAUUACACUGACAUUAUAUACCAAGUCUGUGAUGUUAACCCUAGAGGCUCGUACUAGUAGUAGUACUAGUUUAUAUCCCCAGUGAACUAUAGACUAUUUUUUUUCGUCGCAUUUCCUGUGCAGCGCGCGGUUUGCGAGAAUCAUCUGUGAUUGUAAUUUUAAUUUAAUUAAUUAUUUUUGAGAAAGUCGUUCGUUUAAAGACGUACAAGUUUAUUAAGAUGGCG